AUGGAUAGUGGUAAUUUAAUAGAAGAAAUUUUAGUUUUCCCGUUGACAAACAAUUCUACUGGAGCCAUAGAUGAUCGUGGUGAAUACACAAACGUACAGUGGUCAAGUAACGCCACAAAAAUCCUUAUAGAGCUAUAUAAAAAGUACAGAGACUCGGUGGGAAAACUAAAGAUGAAGAGUCUCAAAAAAAUGUGGCAGGUAAUUGCAUCAAAGUUUAUAAGUAUGGGGCUAAAUUACUCUGCCCUAAAUUGCGAGAAUCGCUUCAAGGUACUCGAAAGAAAUUAUAAGAAAUUCGUCGAUAACCAAAACAAAACUGGACGUGGUAGACGGGUUUUCGAGUACUUUGAAGAGAUGAAUGAGUUAUAUGGAGGCAAAAAGAAUGUGUUUCUCAGAGUCUUAUUGACUGCUACAGAAGCCAUUGUGCCAUUAAGUAUGCCAGUAAGUGAACCAGGACCAUCCAAGAUUAGACCUCCAGAACCAGCCAUUAGCGAAGAGCCUGUAACUGUAGAUGUUGUAAGAGCCACAACAUCCAAGAAGAAGGUAGAAAGUAGAUCAAAGAGUGGAAAGAUGACUGCUUUGGAAGGAAUAAGGAAGGAUCUGCGAGAGCAUAGAAGACGUAAAUAUUUUCUUUUAAAAACGAGAUAUGCUCAAAGGUGUGAAUAUGAAAAACAAAAGAUUAAUGCCAUAAAGCGACAAACUGUUGUUUUAAAGAAGAUAGCAGAAAAAUUGGCUAGAAGUGAUUCUAGGAAUCUGAGGAAUAGUGAUGAAUGA